UUCAGACAUCGGCAGUAUCCGAGUGCGGUGGCGUGGUGCUUUUUCGCUUGUCGCGGAUUUCGAAUCACUCCUUUCAAUCAAGUGCAUUUUUAAUUGCUAAACAACAAUUGAGAUAAGACGGUAUCGCCUGCGAUAACGAGACGGUCAUAAUAGAUCAGUUUAUCAGCGGCUCAAAAGCGGCUUGACGACACCAUCGGGAUACGGUUUGCCGAAAAUAGCUCCGGAUUAUUAGGAAACAACUGUCGGGGAAAACGACGAAAAACAGACGACAGUCGAAGAACGUGCAAACCGUUUGUCUGCGAGAAAUUGAAAAACGAGGGUAUUUUUUUUAUUUCGCCCAGUUUGCCAGAGAGCAAAACUGUCGUCUCGCGGUACAUCGCAAAACUUUGAAGAGACGAUCCAAGAGACUGAGAGAAAUCAUCAUUUAGAGACCAUUCAGCAACAGCACAUCUACCAGCAGAAACGGAUUCCCCUGGCCUGGCUGGAAUCACCAUCAGGUCAAGUUACGCCAAGAAGUACAUAAGUACAAGCUAAAGCCGCGGAGCGAGUUUAGUUCGAAGCCGGGCUUCAACGCGUUCAGAUUGAUAUUCCAUUUGCUUGGUGUGCGACUCAAUACGUUUUGCAUCCUCACACAGCAUCCGUUUCCUCCAGCCGUGGGUAGGCAGAGGAGUAAGGAUAUCCCUUGGCAACUUGGCAAUCGCCAGUCCCCAGAUAGAAAGUUGGUGCAAACAACACUGAAUGUGUUGGAAUCCGUUGAAGUGUCUACGCUAGUGUUUUACUGCUGCGAUAACCAUAACAUGUGGUAGACGCCCAUUAGAGAUCUACAUAAUUAGUGCAUCCCAUAGGAAGUGAGCUUAAUCAAUACGGUGUUACAAGGAUCAUUCGGUCAGUCCACGUUGAGGUUGAAGUGUGUGAUAGAGAGCGUUGUGGCGUGAUCCGCAGCAAGGUGCAUCUGCUUUAUAUUUUUCUUUCGGCUUGAACAGCGUGAAGAGAACCUACAAUAUCAUCAGCCACAACAAUCCCAUCGCUGCUCGUGGUUGUGGAAGUGUGUGGAUCCUGUCAAUAAGAAUCUGAUCUAAAGCGUGGGGACCCGUCUGCUGGCAAGUUCAGUUGUCUUCUGGACGUGCUAGUGAAAAGGUGUUCUCUCUGGUGGGGAUUAAAGGCCACAGUUAGCCUAAGUGAUUUACAUUCCUGUAGGGAUCACCCUAAGAAGACAGCAAGCAGUUCAUUUCAAACGACAUACCGUUGACUGAUCGGCCUUCCUCCCUGACGUCGGUCAACAGUUCGCGUGUCUUCAAAAUCUCGGCCAAGCAGCCAGCAGCGACAAACGAGCGGACUUCCAGCCGCCAUUCCUUCCCGUGGAAAGCGUUCCCACAAGAAAAAAACACGACGCAACAAAAACGAAACAAUGCCUGCUCGCUUCGAGGACGUCACUACUGACACCCGCCGCGGUGUCCCCCGGGACCUUGGGGGACACUACGAUGGCUGCCAGAUUCGGGAUGACGUUUGUAUCACGGGGUUUUCCGGCCGCCUCCCGGAGAGCUCCAACAUUGACGAGUUCAAGCGAAAUCUGAUGGAGGGUAUCGAUAUGGUAAAUGACGAUGAUCGCCGUUGGCCCCGGGGCCUGUACGAGCUGCCGACCCGGAUCGGCAAAAUCAAGGACGAAGAUCUGCAAAAUCUUGACGCCGAGUUCUUCAAGAUUCCCCCGAAACAGGCAGAAUGUAUGGACCCUCAGAUGCGAAUGCUGCUCGAGUGCACUUACGAGGCUAUCAUUGAUGCUGGCAUCAACCCUCAGGAGAUUCGUGGCAGCCGAACGGGCGUCUAUAUCGGAUGCUCCAAUUCGGAAACCGAGCAGCACUGGUGUGCCGAUCCGGAUCUGGUCAAUGGGUACGGGCUGAUCGGUUGUGCUCGUGCUAUGUUUGCCAACCGACUUUCGUACACGUUUGACUUCAAAGGACCGAGUUAUGCAGUUGAUACAGCCUGUUCCAGCUCUCUGGUAGCCAUGUCGACGGCUUUUGCCGAUAUGAAGGCGGGACGCUGCGACGCGGCCAUCGUGGCCGGUUGUGGGUUGAUCCUGAAGCCAACCAUGUCAUUGCAGUUCAAAAGACUGAAUAUGUUGGGCAAGGAUGGUACUUGUAAGGUGUUUGAUGAAUCCGGUAACGGCUACGUGCGUUCCGAUGGGUGCGUUGUCACAUUUAUGCAGCGUGCGUCGGACUCACGUCGUAUCUACGCCAGCGUUUUGAAUGUGCGUAUCAAUACCGAUGGGUACAAAGAACAGGGCAUUACAUAUCCCAUCGGGGAAAUGCAGAAGCGACUCAUUAAGGAAACUUAUGAAGAAAUAAGUCUCAACCCAGCAGAUGUAGUUUACGUCGAAGCUCACGGAACUGGUACCAAAGUUGGAGAUCCUCAGGAAGUAAAUGCCAUUACGGAUUACUUCUGCAAGGAUCGCAAGACUCCUCUGUUGAUCGGUUCGGUCAAAUCAAACAUGGGACACUCGGAACCUGCUUCAGGAGUGUGCUCGAUCGCCAAAAUGUUGAUCGCUAUGGAAGCUGGUAUCAUUCCUGGAAACCUGCAUUACAAAAACACCAACCCAGAUCUUUACGGAUUGAUGGAUGGACGCGUAACCGUCGUAGACCGUAAUCUCCCGUGGAACGGUGGCAUUAUUGGGUUGAACUCUUUCGGCUUUGGUGGAGCCAAUGCUCAUGUCAUCAUGAAGUCUCACCCUAAACCGAAACCCAUCAGUCCCAAGGACGGUUUCCCUAAAUUGGUGCUGGCCUCGGGUCGAACAGAUGAAGCUGUAGAAGCCUUCCUAGACGCAGCUGCAGAAAACAAAGACGAUGAGGAACUUGUUGGAUUGAUGAACGAAAUUCAAAGCAAGAAUAUACCGCUUCAUUUCCAUCGCGGUUAUACUGUACUUGGUGACGGUCAAGCUGUUCGAGAAGUCCAAGAGCUGAAUGAUGAAAAACGCCCGAUUUGGUUUAUCUAUUCGGGUAUGGGCUCUCAGUGGGCUAGUAUGGCCAAGGACAUGAUGCGCGUCGAGGUGUUUAGCAACAGUAUCCACCGUUGCGCUGAGGCUCUACGUCCCGAGGGUAUCGAUCUGAUCGACAUUCUCACUAAGAGUGAUGAAAGCAGGUUCGACAACAUUCUCAACUCAUUUAUUUCGAUUGCCGCUGUUCAAGUGGCUCUUACCGAUGUUUUGAACCACGUCGGUAUCAACCCGGAUGGUAUGGUUGGCCACUCGGUUGGUGAGUUGGGAUGCGCCUACGCCGAUGGUUGUUUCACGCCGGAACAAACCGUACUGGCUGCCUACUGGAGAGGUCGUAGCAUCCUGGAUACCCAACUGCAGCCUGGUCAGAUGGCAGCCGUUGGACUUUCGUGGGAGCAGUGUAAGGAACGUCUACCAAAGGACAUCAUUGCUGCUUGUCACAACAGCAGCGACAGUGUUACAAUCUCCGGUCCCGUUGACUCAGUCAACAAGUUCAUUGCUGAGCUCAACGGUGAAGGCGUCUUUGCCAAGGGCGUUAAAUCAUCCGGCAUUGCUUUCCACAGUCGAUACAUCGCUGAUGCAGCCCCAAAACUACGAAAAUCCUUGGACAAGAUUAUACCCAACCCGAAGAACCGUUCACCGCGUUGGAUCAGUACCAGCAUCCCGGAAGAAGCUUGGAACACACCCCUGGCCCAGCAGUCUUCAUCGGCAUAUCACGUGAACAAUCUGCUCUCAUCGGUCCUGUUCGCUGAAGGACUCCGCCACGUUCCCGCCAAUGCUAUUUGCAUCGAAAUCGCACCCCAUGGUUUGUUGCAGGCCAUCCUGAAGCGUGCUCUCGGCAAGGAUGCAACAAAUCUGAGCCUGAUGAAGCGAGCUACCGAGAACAAUGUCGUUUUCAUGUUGAGCAAUCUUGGAAAACUAUAUGCAGCUGGUGCUCAACCACAGGUACAGAGACUGUAUCGCCCGAUCUCUUUCCCGGUAGGACGUGGUACUCCAAUGUUGAACUCGCUCAUCAAGUGGGAUCACUCUAACAAAUGGUUCCUCGCCAAGUUUGGAGUUGAAAACCGAUCUGGCGAAACUAUCAUCGACGUAAAUCUUGAGAAACCAGACGAUGCCUAUCUGGCUGGUCAUACCAUCGAUGGCCGAGUGCUGUUCCCGGCUACCGGUUACAUGACCUUGGCGUGGCGAACUUUCGCCAAGAUGCGUGGUGCCGACAUUGAGAAGACCCCGGUAGUGAUCGAGAAUGCUGUGUUCCACCGGGCAACUAUUCUGCCGAAAGAUGGAUCCGUCAAAUUUGGGGUCAACUUUUUCGAUGGCACAGGUGCGUUCGAGAUUUGUGAAGGUGGUUCAUUGGCCGUUUCUGGUAAAAUCUCUAUUCCUGAGAAAAUUGAAAACGAAGAAUUGGAUUUGUAUCCGUUGGAAGACGACAAAAGCGGAAUUCCCAUGAACACGAGCGAUGUAUACAAGGAGUUGCGUCUGCGUGGCUACGACUACGGUGGAAUUUUCAGGGGCGUUACCAAGUCCGAUGGAAAGGCUAUCAAGGGAGAGUUACAGUGGAAGGAUAACUGGGUCAGUUUUAUGGAUACCAUGUUGCAGUUUAGCAUUUUGGGUAAAAAUAUGCGCGAUUUGUAUCUGCCGACUCGAAUUGAGAAGAUUAUCAUCAAUCCGGCCCGUCAUAUGGACAUGAUGAAUACAUUAAAGUCCAAGGACCAGGAUGUUCCAAUCAGUGUUUACAGAAACAUCGAUGUGAUAAAGAGUGGUGGUGUGGAAAUGCGUGGACUCAAGGCUACGUUGGCACCAAAACGUUCUGGUUCACAGGCUCCGCCCACUUUAGAGAAGUAUGUGUUUGUUUCGAACAACAACGAUAAAGAAUUGGGAGACAGCAGUGAAAAGGCUCGAUUCCGAUCGAUCGCCGCAGCUACGCACAUUGCUAUCGAGAACAGUGCUGGAGCGUUGAAAAUCAAAGUUGCUGAAGCAUGCUUCCAACGCGCACCGGAGAAUACUAUGGCAUCGAUUGUACAAGAAGUAAUCGAGGGUGAACCAACGCUCGUCAGUGAUGUAGCCGUCUGUACCAAUUAUCAACCGGAUGUUUUGACCCAACAUUUCGGUGAUAGUGGAGUACGUGUGGUGGCUAAAGAUGCUACAGCAGGAGCUAUCGAACAAGGGUGUCAUAUGGCUAUUUCCUACGAUAUCCUUGGACGUGAUGAUGGGCAAACGGUACUUUCCAAUCUUCGGGCUUCCAUCCGUGAUGAUGGAUUUAUACUACUGGAAGAAUCUCGCACAGCGUUCGAUGCUGCUAAGAAGGGAAAAGUGAUGUUCGACGCCUUGAAACUGGCCAUUGUAUCUUAUCAGGUUUGCGAGAAGAAAGUCUUCAUUUUGUUGCGUCCCGCUAUUGAUUACGUACAACGCAAGUCUGUCAUCAUUCCUGUGACCGAAAAGAACUUCACUUGGUUGGACAGUCUAAAGAAAUCUCUCGCUAAAGCUGAAGAAACUAACACCUAUAUCUACUUGGUUUGCCAAGGUGAGGAAUUAUUCGGUGGACAAGGUUUCAUCAACUGUAUCAAAAACGAAGUUGGUGGAAAGUAUGCUCGGAUGAUUUUCAUUCAGGACAAGCGGGCUGAAAAGUUUUCACUUACUGGAAAACUCUAUGUUGAACAGCUACAAAAGGAUCUGAUUUGCAACGUACUUAACUCCACUGGUACCUGGGGAACAUUCCGUCACCUACGUUUGGACAACCAAUCCAAUGUAUCAUCGCUGCAAGUUGAACACGCGUAUGUCAACGCUCUCACUAAGGGUGAUUUGGCGAGUUUGAAGUGGAUUGAAGGACCGUUGGCUCGGGAGAAACCCGAUCCCAAAGACAAACGCAUUGAACUGUGCACUGUUUACUAUGCCCCGAUCAACUUCCGUGAUGUGAUGUUGACGUCUGGAAAGUUGGGAGUCGAUGCUCUUCCCGGAGACUUGCCAACACAGGACUGUAUUCUCGGCUUAGAGUUUUCAGGACGUGAUUCUACCGGACGUCGUAUUAUGGCCAUGGUUCCCGCCAAAUCACUGGCCACCACUUGUAUCGCGUACCGUAACAUGAUGUGGGAGAUUCCGGACAACUGGACCAUGGAGCAAGCUUCGACCGUACCGUGCGUCUACUCCACGGUGUACUACGCUCUGGUUGUGCGGGGUCGUAUGAAGCGUGGCGAAUCUAUCCUCAUCCAUGCUGGAUCCGGAGGCGUUGGUCAGGCUGCAAUCUCAGUGGCACUGUCCGCCGGCUUGACUGUCUUUACUACCGUCGGUAGCAAGGAAAAGCGAGAAUUCUUGAAACGCAACUUCCCGCAGCUGCAGGAUAAGAACAUCGGCAACUCACGUGACUGUUCGUUUGAGCAAAUGGUUAUGCGCGAAACACAAGGUCGUGGUGUUGAUUUGGUGUUGAAUUCUUUGUCCGACGAGAAACUUCAGGCUUCUGUGCGUUGUUUGGGUUUGAAUGGUCGUUUCUUAGAAAUCGGCAAGUUUGAUUUGAGCAACAACAGCCCGCUGGGAAUGUCAGUGUUCCUUAAGAACACUUCCUUCCACGGAAUUCUGGUAGACAGCAUUAUGGAUGGUGAUGAAGAUACGUUGGCCGAGGUGACUAAACUUGUGGCUGCUGGUAUUAAAAGCGGUGCCGUCCGGCCGCUGCCAACAUCCGUUUUCAGCGAUCAACAGGUGGAACAGGCUUUCCGUUUCAUGGCAUCUGGCAAGCACAUCGGCAAGGUCGUUCUGAAAAUUCGUGAGGAGGAAAAAGCUAAGGUGGUUAUCCCAACUCCCAAGUUAAUUGCCUCGAUUCCUCGCACCUACAUGCACAAGGAGAAGAGUUACAUUCUGAUCGGUGGUUUGGGAGGUUUUGGAUUGGAACUUUCCAAUUGGUUGGUAGCACGAGGAGCUACCAAGAUUGUGUUGACUUCCCGCAGCGGAAUCCGUACCGGAUACCAGGCAUUGAUGGCUCGACGUUGGCGCGAACGUGGGGUUACCGUAUCGAUCGAUACCAAUGACGUGACUACACUGAAGGGUGCCCAGAAAUUGCUAUCAGAAGCUAACAAAUUGGGUCCAGUAGGAGGAGUGUUCAACUUGGCUGCUGUUCUGCGCGAUGGUCUGAUCGAAGAUUCCAGUGAAGCUGACUUUAAGACUGUUUGUGUGCCUAAAAUUGAUGGAACCAAAAAUUUGGAUCAAGCAACCCGUGAAUUGUGCCCGGAGUUGGACUACUUUAUCUGCUUCUCCAGUGUAUCGUGUGGUCGAGGAAACAUUGGCCAGGUGAACUACGGGUUGGCUAACUCAGCUAUGGAGCGUAUUUGCGAGGCUCGUCAAGCAGUAGGUCUGCCUGGAACGGCCAUUCAGUGGGGAGCUAUCGGUGAUACUGGGUUGGUGUUGGAGAAUCUCGGAGACAAUGACACCGUUAUCGGUGGAACUUUGCCUCAAAGAAUGCCUUCGUGCCUUCAAACUAUGGACUACUUCUUGCAGCAACCGUGCCCUGUCCUGGCCUCUAUGGUGGUUGCCGAGAAACGAAAGGCCGAAACUGGAGGCGCAGGACUGGUUAGCAGCAUUGCUAAUAUUCUUGGUCUCAAGGAUACCAAGAAUGUGUCCGAUGGGUCUUCACUUGCAGACCUUGGAAUGGACUCACUGAUGGGUGCUGAAAUCAAACAAACUCUCGAACGCAACUUUGACACUGUCCUCAGCGCCGCCGAAAUUCGUACUCUAACCUUUGGAAGACUAAAGGCCAUGGAAAGUGGAGGUGGAGAUGCCGGCGCAGGAGCUUCAGCCACUAGUACGACUACAUCGGAACCCAAACAGCAAGACCAAAAUGGAUUGGGUGAUGGAACUCAAGUUCAGUUUAGUGCAGAGCUCCUUCCUUCGAAAUGUCUCGUUCGAUUGGAAUCGAAGGCUCCGGCUACCAGUAAGGAUAAACCAGUGUUCAUGAUUCACGCCAUUGAAGGUGUCAUCACAUCCCUCAUUCCACUUGCAAAGACAAUCUCGGUUCCAGUCUAUGGACUGCAGUGCGUAGCCGAAGCUCCACUAGAAUCACUCGAAGCACUUUCAGCAUACUACAUCAAACAAAUUCGAACGGUACAACCCAAGGGUCCGUACACAAUUAUUGGAUACUCCUUCGGAGCGUCCAUUGCCUACGAAAUGGUAGCUCAAUUGGAGAAGAGCAAAGAAACCUGUCGUUUAUUGAUGCUCGACGGAUCACCGCGAUACGUCAGCUGGUACACUGAAACGCAGAAACAACGAAACGCUAACGGUGAGGUUGUACAGGCCGAGGACGAAGCCUUCGCAUUGGCCUAUUUUGCCAUGGUGUGUGGCAAGCUGGACUACCACAAAACUGCCCAAGAACUGGUCACAUCCAAGUCCUGGGACGCGCGGUUAACCAAAUGUGCUGAGAUGGUCCGAACUAAACUGCCUCAAUAUUCACAGCAGUUGCUCGAGGCGACUGCGAAGUCUUUCGUGCACAAAAUUGUUGCUAGCCAUCUGUACAAACCCACCUCCAAAAUUACAUGCCCGGUCAAACUGGUCAAGCCAACAGAGAACUACGCCAAGCUUCAGGGUGAUUAUGGUCUAUCGGAGCUUUGCACCAAGGAGGUCAAGGUUGUGACGGUGAAGGGAGACCAUCGAUCGAUGCUGGCGGGUGAUUCCAUGAAUGAAAUUUCUAAACUUAUACAAGAACUGAUCUAAGGACUGCACUUUCGUCUCCACUCUAAUGGAACAAGCACAAACAUGUCACAUCAUCCGGCUCCGCGAAAUGAUACAAUUCUGUCCACUCAAGUAGAGAAGAUGUAAUUUAUUCUACACAAACUACAAUGCACUACAUUACGUUAUUCCCAAGGGGUUGGGAAGCAUCCAUCUGCCUUAGUUUGAUAAGAUACAAGCAUUAGUUCAAAGGUCGUGAUUGGUGAGAAUUAGCAUUUCAAUGGUUUUUCUAUUCUCAUUUAACUGUUGCUAAAAAGUUUAAAGGAAACUGUCACAAUUUCUUUAGUCAGGUCCAAAUAAUAUAGGAAUUGUGAUACUAUUCUUUGCUUUCAAACAUAUUUAAUCUCUCAAAAAAAAAACAGUAAACAUGAAUCUUUAGGAAAAAAAAAUCACGUGAAACAUCGCGCUGAACAUUUGUUCGCUUUGUGUAAAUCCGUCAUUGUGCGGAUGUAAAAAGAUAACAAAAAAUCAUUUUUUUGGAAAGUAUAACAUUCCAUUGUAGAAUAUACAUAGACAUGAUUCCUUCUAGCUUUGUUUCGUUUUAGGAUGUAGUUUUAAGGUAAAAGUAAAUGGGGAUUAUAUUCCUUCAAAAUCACUAGACUUCGUACUAUUUAAAGUGAAACGAGUGUUUUACAUCACAUAUGUGGUAGCUUUAUUGUUUGACAAAAUAAUAAUAAAAAAAAGCUAAAUGAAA